AUGUUAGAAAGGCUCGGGGUGGACUUGCGACCUAUGCCUCGCCCAUCGUACAUGAAGCCAUAUCCAGACUGGAUCGACAAGUUAUACCCUUUCCCAAGGGGUUACAAAGUGUCGGAGUUCAGUCUAUUUUCAGGCGAGGAGAAGGGGAAAUCGACGGUUGAACAUGUCGCCCGCUUCUCGGCCCAAUGUGGCGAAGCAGCUGCUCAUGAUUUCUGGAAGCUCAGGCUUUUUGCCAGCUCCUUGACAAAAAUGGCGUUUACAUGGUACUCUAGAUUGUCGCCCAAUUCGGUGGACACGUGGAAGGAACUCGAAAUCCUCUUCCAUGAGGAGUUUUACAGGGCACCACCUGAUGUCACUCUGGCCGACCUCGCCCGAAUCUCGCAGUUACCAAGCGAAUCGGCAGAAAAGUACAUCGGCCGAUUCAGAAACCUCAGGACUAGAUGCUCCACCAAAAUGUCCGAGGCCGAUUGCGUACCGAUGGUGGUAAGAGGGAUGAGUUUCGCCAUGAGGGAGCACUUCGAGGGCCAUAGGUUUCGUGACUUGUUCGAGCUAACGAACAGGCCUGGCUUUGUUAAGAAAAAUAAGACUGCGGUGGUACAAAAGGAAUAUUCGUUCGACCUAACCAAAGCCGACGACAUAUUUGAUGCCUUGUUGAAGGAUGGACAGAUCGCCUUAAGCGAAGGUCAUGUAAUUCCGCCGUCGGAGGAGCUGGUCGGUAAAGAUUAUUGCAAGUACCACAAUUCCUGGAGGCACAACACGAACAAUUGUGUAAAUUUCAGAAACGUGAUCCAGAAGGCGAUUAACAAGGAAAAACUUCUGUUUCCAACAAAGAAAGAGGCCGAUGUUAAGUACGUGUCUAUUAACACCGUUCGGCCCCACUUUGAUAGCUUCCCAGAGCAAGGGCACAUACAAAGCAAGUGGAACCCUAGAAGGCCCAAGUCGAGAGUAGAGACCGAUGGUUCAAAGUGGCGAGGAGAAAAAGGACGGCCUCAGCAACAGAAGAGGAAGCGCCAUAGUUCGCCUUUGCAGAUAUGA